GCAAUACAACAAAUGCAACAAUGAAAUGAAUGGCAUUGAUUCAUAGAAUUUAAUAGGGGCUUGCGCGCGGUUGAAUGAAAUUUAGGACAGUCAAAAUGAUCAAUCUAUGUGAUAAAGUAAACUAAUUGUAAGAUUUUGAGUUUAUAUCUUUACACGUGGUAAUUAAUUAGGAAAAUUUCCUAUUCGUGGAAAUAUUCUGCUGUAAUGAAAUUAGCAAUGUUCGUAGUUGGGAUCUGUAUUCAUUUAGUGUUUUUAUUUUCUAUUUUUGAUAUAUAUUUUAAAUCUCCUAUUGUUAAACACGUUACCCCAUACAAACCUCUUCACAAUGCUGUGGCAGACAGACUUGUUCUAUUUGUGGUAGAUGGAUUACGAGCUGAAUCAUUUCUCAACUAUACAACUAUGCCAUUUUUAAGAUCAAUCGCAAAUUCUCAUGGGAGAUGGGGUAUAUCACACACCCGCAUGCCUACAGAAUCAAGGCCUGGACAUGUGGCUGUAAUAGCAGGCUUUUAUGAAGAUCCAUCUGCUAUUAUCAAAGGGUGGAAAGAAAACCCAGUAGAUUUUGAUUCAGUUUUUAAUCAGUCAUUAUAUACUUGGUGCUGGGGCACUUAUGAUAUUAUUGAAAUAUUUACAAAAGGAUUAGUUAGUGACCAAAUUUUUUCCAAAAAGUUAGAUCCAUAUGAUCAAACAUUUAGUAGCGAUAAAAAUACAACACUUUUGGAUGAUUGGGUCUUUGAUAAUGUCAAAUUUUUUUUUCAAAAUGCUAAAAGUGAUAUUAAGCUGUAUGAAAAGUUACAACAAAAUAAGAUCAUUUUCUUUUUACAUUUGUUGGGAACUGAUACUUCUGGUCAUACACAUAAGCCAAAAUCACAGAACUUUUUAUCAACAAUAAAAUUUGUUGAUGAAGGAAUCAAAGAAAUUGAAAAAAUAAUUAAGGAAUUUUACAAUGAUGACAACAAGACAACAUUUCUUAUGACUUCUGAUCAUGGAAUGACUGACUGGGGAUCUCAUGGAGCUGGUCUUGAACAUGAAACACAAACACCAUAUGUAAUUUGGGGAGCUGGAGUGAGGCAAAUUGACAGCACCCACAUUGACCCGCAAAGCAUAGCCAUGUCCUUCGAACACAGACUGGAUAUAAACCAAGCAGAUUUAUGUCCUUUAAUGGCUACAGUAUUGUCAGUUCCUGUUCCUGUAAAUUCUGUGGGGCAACUUCCUAUAGAUUUGUUGAAUCUGAGUAUAAUUGAGAAAGCAAAAGCUGUGUAUAGUAAUAGUAGACAAUUAGCAUCACAAUACAAUACAAAGAGAUUAGAUGUGGAGAAAAACAUAUUACCAAUAUUGUAUAAACCCUUUGAACCUCUAAGUGAACAAAAAUAUCAAGAAAUCAUUGACUUCACAGAGAAGAUACUAAUUGAUGACAUAAAAGACAAUGAACAAUUUGAAAAACUAAUUCUUCUGAGUGAAGAAAUGAUGAAUUUAAGCCUAGCCGGACUGAAUUAUUAUCAUAAUUAUUACCAGGGGCCAUUACUAGUACUAGUCACUUUAUCUUUCGUUGGUUGGAUAGCUUGCUUAUUAAAAUUUCUAUUACUACAAAAUAUUAAUACAGAGACUGAACCAUCAAACUUACCCCAACCUAAUGUUAGAGAGAAAAAGCCAGUAUUUUUAAUUAUAUUUAUGUCAUUACUUUCAUAUCUUAUAUAUGUGCAAAAUUUACCAGUGCAGUAUUAUCUUUACGUCUUGAUGCCAGUAUUGUUGUGGACAUAUGCUUUAUCACCGUUAGAUAUUUGGUUACAUAUAUUUAGAGGAUUUGUUAAAAGAAGUCUGAGUAGAAAGAUUACAAAUAUACUGUGUUAUAUUAUGGGAUCUCUAGCAUUGGGUAUGUCAUUCACUCAUCGAUGGAUGUUGAGUAUUCCCCUAUUGGGCAUGGGGCUGUGGCCAUUCUAUUCUUCAAUGACAUUUAAUUUUACAUUUACCAAACCUUUGCACAUCUUGUGGCCUAUUGGUUGUAUUCUGCUUAGUAUAUUUUCUUUUACGCCUGUCGUAGGGAAAAGUACCCAUAUAGAAUUGGUCUUAAUUGCUGGAGUUAUCUGGGCACUAGUAAUACUAGUAUAUAUUUAUAGGAUUCUUUUACCAGAGCAUAGUACUCAUAAUACGAAAGAUUUACUACUUACAAUGCUACAAGUAGCAUUCUUGAUACUAAGCUUACAGAACAUUUAUGUACAGUCAGUAAGAUUUGAUCGAGGCACUCCAGUGUCAUAUACAUAUCAGGCUUUGGCUUGGAUUAUUUCAGUGGUAUCUCUAAUAUUACCUGUGAUAUUUUCCACGAGAUUAAUUUGUCGAUUGAUGGCAAUUAAUACCUCACUAUUAAUAUUUUAUCUAUUGCUCUCGGUAUCUCAUGAGGGUUUAUUCAUGGUCGUUCUGAUAGUAAAUGUAACUUGUUGGUUACUUAUUGAGUUCAGAGUUUUAGAUUUAAAGAAUUCAAAGAUAUUGGAUUUGACUUUUGAAGAGAUGGAUAAGCAACCAACACAAAUAAUUAGUAUUGAACGCAGUAUUAGCAAUGAAGAUUUUAGAAGAUCUUUUAUAUUUAUUGUUUACAUUAUUUUAGCAUUUUUUGGAACAGGAAACAUAGCAUCAUUGAAUUCCUUUGAAGUCCGAUGGGUUACAUGUUUCAUAACAUCUUUCAAGCCGUUCAUUAUUACUGGAUUAAUAAUGUUGAAGACCUUGGCCCCUUUUAUGGCAGUAGCGUGCAGUUUUAGAGGCAUUCAACAUCUUACAAAGGCACCUACUGGGUAUUUGGUAAUCAUAGUGUUAAUAUACUCCAAUAUAAUGGGCAUACAAUUACUGUACAACGUACAAAAUACUGGAAGUUGGUUGGAUAUUGGAACAUCUAUUUCACAAUUUGUUAUUGUUCAAGUUGUAACUUUAUUUAUAGUAUUAAUAAGUCAAUUAGCAAAAAUAAUGACUGAUACUAGUAUUUACAAAAUCGCACACAAAAUAUUAGGUAAAAGUAUUAAAAAAUAUGUGUAAAA